AUGAGCCUCCACUAUGCCUUUUACUCCCGCAACAUUUCCUUGUUCCGCAGUCUACUCGAUGACGGUGAACGCGGAACUCACUCUGCUGGCAGUCCGAGAAGCAAAUCGAAUAAGGGCCCCAGCGUUUUGAAGGCCGCAAUGGGAUGUGAUGUCAAUUCCUUCGAUUGGCUUGGCCGUACCGCUCUCCAUCUCGCAUGUGCAGCCCCAGACGCUCUGGAAUACGUCAGGGCUUUGCUCAAGCACCCAUUCGUCAAUGCCAAUCUCCCCGACAAAGAGAGCCAUUAUACGCCGCUCCAUCGGGCCAUGUAUCAUGGGAAUAUUGCCGCAGCGCUCUUGCUUCUGCAGCGGUCUGAUAUUGACACAUCACUCAAAGACUUUGAAGGGCACACCGCGUUUGACCUCUACAACUCCACUGUGAAUGGCACGGCUCCAAGACCCUCACCCGUUGCAGAGUUGUAUACGUGGGGUGUGAACAGAAAUGCCGCUCUUGGGCAAGAUAGCGGUGAUAGAAGCAGCCCAGAGUCCGUUUGCAUUCCGAAAGUAGGCCCAGAGCCAACUUCGACGAAGCGGUUUCUUCCUCUUCGGGUUCGUCAAAUCUCAAUGGCGAAACUCCACACAGUUGUCGUCACUACGGAGCGCAAAUCCAACCUUCGAGUGUGUGGUUUUGGCAGCGGAGGACGCCUUGGGCCUGGUCAGCAAACGCAAUAUCGCCUAAUCCCCGUUCCCAUAUCCACAUCCACCGAAGUCACGUGUGUGGCACUCGGUCAAGACCAUACAUUGGCGCUCACAAGCAAUGGCGAAGUGUUCAGUUGGGGCUUGUCUCGCUUUCAUCAACUAGGUUAUACUGUUGAGCCAUCGCCAACCAUGGGGAAACUCGAAGAACCCGUUCAAUCUACUCCACGCCGUAUAUUUGGUGCUCUCAAGAAGGAAAUUGUCAAGGGUAUUGCGGCAUCAAAACAGUCUUCCGCUUGCUUCACUGCAACUGAGGUCUUUACCUGGGGAACCAAUAACGGACAGCUCGGCUACGAUAAAACAGCUCAACCUUUCCAAAUCUUGCCAAGGAAGGUAUCGAAAAUAUCCAGACCCGUUGUAGCAAUCGCUUUGAAUGACCACGCGAUGGCCUGUCUUCUCGACACACAAGAAGUCUUUUGUGUGUGGAACGACCGAUGCUUCAAGAUUAACUUCCCUUCGCAUGCCUUUCCAUCCGAAAUCCAGCCAUAUCGGCCGCCUCAGGCGAAACUUGAUGCCCAUAUCGCCAAGAUUACAAGCUCGGACGACACCAUUGCGGCACUGUCGUCAAAUGGUGAACUAUUCACAUUUUCGAUUCCUGACCCAGGCGAAGCCGAGUUGGGUCGCAGUCAUGCCUUCAAACCUCAGCGCGUUUGGGCUUUGCGGAAACAAUUCAGUGCAGUCCGAGAUGUUGCUCUCGGAGCUGAUGGGACCAUCAUUAUCUGCACCGAAUCAGGAAAUGUGUUUGUUCGAACCAGAAACACCAAGGGAGCGUCCACGAAUAAGGCAUUCAAAUUCCAGCGGGUGCCAUAUAUACAGCGAGUGGUCCAAGUCUGUGCCAACAACGCUGGAGCAUUUGGCGCUCUUCGCGUCGACUCGCGUCCCACGCCGAUUCGUGUUGAGGGCAAUACCAUUGUGGAGGAUUUGACUGCCAUCCAGCCAUAUAGUUCAUCGCCGCCCCCGAAGCUCAUCGAAGAUGAGAGUCAACAAGCUCCAGAGACUCCACCGUCCAUGUUUGCUGUUGAGGACCACGAAGAGGCAGAAGAGUCCUCAAUCGAAGCUGACUUUGCUCGACUGUGGGCGUUUUGUCGUCUGUUGAAGACAGGCUGUAUCGACCCUCCUCGGCAUGGUGCUGAUGUUUUGGUUACCGCCAACGGGAAAGAAUUUCCUGCCCAUCGAGUUAUCCUUGCCGCACGUUGCAAGGCAUUCCUAUCGGUUUUGGCUGGAAAUCCUAUUCGCGGUGAUCGUAUCACCAUCAAGCCAGUUCCGAUCACCGGCAACACCGGCAUCAAACUUGGACUUGACUUCCAAGGUUGUGCUCCCAUGACUAUCCUCAUUCUGCUGCAUUACUUGUACUCUGAUGAUUUAUUGGCAAUCUGGGACGGCCGUAUCGUGUCGGCACUGCAGAUCGAGCUCACAACGCACAAUAUUAAACCCGCCCAAGUCAAACUAGAGUUGCAACACCUUGCGCGACUCCUGGAAAUGACCCUUCUUGGCGAGGCGUUGGAGGCGCAAGCAAAGCGAGUGCCUACACCGUCUCUUGGCUGCGACCUCAAGGAGUUGUUCUGUGUUUGCCAAAGCCAUGUGAAUCCCAAGUCAGCGAUUGCUCCUGAUGUUAUACUCCAGUUGGCCGACAGAGACGUCUCAUGCCAUUCCGCCAUUCUGCGAUCCCGUAGCCCCGUGUUCUCGGGAUUCUUUGACGAAGCGGACUGGACUGCUAAACGGCGGGACAGUAACGGUGUAGUCAAGAUCAACUUGAAGCAUCUUCGUUGGAGUGUGAUGGACUAUGUUCUCCAGUAUAUGCUAUGUGGAGUUGAGUCCGAAAUGUUCGAACACUUAGCAUUUGCUAACUCAGUCGACGAUGCACUAGAUUUCAUGUUUGAAGUAAUGGCCAUAGCGGUAAUUCAGCAGUACAGGGCGUUUAACUCUGCUUAUAUCAUCCAGGACGAACUCAUGCUAGAUCGCUUGGUGCUAUUGUGCUCGGAAGUCAUCUUGAAAUGGACCGAUAUCAACCAUGCCUGUUUCAUUUUGGCUGAAGCUUCUUACUAUCACGCGGAACAACUGGUCGACAGUGUCCAAGGGUAUAUCGCUGAGAAUUUGGAAACUUUUCUGGAGUGCAGCAUGCUCAACGACUUGACACCGUCCCUCAUCAAACAACUUUCCCAUUUUGUGAGCAGAAGGCAAAUUGAGAAGAGCCCCAAAGCAAGGACGAACUUCGUCAUCGAACGAGCUAUGACAUUACAUGGUGAUUGGCUGGCAUUACAAGACAUAGCCGAGCCCAUCCCACUUUCGACCAAGGGUGCCGGGAGGAAACCACCAUCGUCCCCGGAACUGGGUCCCAAAAGGCGACGAUCGGGAAUAUUAUCGAACAGCGCUGUUAUGGUUCCGCAAGCUCCGUCGACCGCGAUGGACGAAAUAUUCGAGAUAGACGAUGCGGAAGUGGCUCCCCCGAAACAUCCUGCCCCAGUUUGGAAGGCAUCAUCUGUACCCAAGGUUGAUAUGAAGAGUGUCAUGGCAGAGGCUGUUCAGAGUCAAGCCCCUACCCCGAAGCCUGGCGUCGCUUUAUCCUCUUCGAAAAGCGCGAACAGCUCUUCGUGGAAGGUUUCUACGCAGUCCCCUCCAAUCACACCUUCAACUAGCUUGGGUCGACCGUCUGGUGAGGCCUUUCCCACAUUGGUGCCGUCUACGCCUCCCUGGCAACGGCCUCCACAAACGACACAAACCGGUCUUGGCCCAAUCUUUACCCCCCACUCGACAAACGGCCCCCUCAACUCGGCCUCCACCUCCGUCUGGCAUGAGACAGGUGGGACCAAAGCAUGGACACAGCCUCCUCUGGCCCCAGUCGCGUCUUCAUCUACCGCAACAGCCUCAGUGGCCUCCUUCGCUACAAUCCAACAGCUACAGCUUGAGCAAGAACUUGGCGCGUCUGUUGGCCGCGACAAGAAGUCUCUUGUGGACAUCCAGGCCGAAGAGGAGUUCUUGAAGUGGUGGGCAGAGGAGGAACAACGGGUUAAAGCGGAGGCUGAUGCUGAUGCUGCUGCUAUCGCACGAGUUCUUGCUGGCGAAAAUAAUGGCUCGGCCAAUAAGUCUCCGAAACGGACGAGGAGAAACCGCGAUAAGGGCAAUGAACGCUCUCAACCUCGGCCUAUCACUUCAACCCCACGCUGGGCGUAG